UUUAGUAUCUAAUCUUAUCGAGAACCACAAUAUUUACCUAUCGGCACAGCUAUCGGUAUCGAAAAAUUUUAGGUAUUGAGUAAAUAAAGGCUCGAUCCUAAAUAUUUCUAUUUCCAUUUUCAAUUUUCUGAAUGAAUAGACAGUAUGUUGACAGACUGUUGAAGAAUACAAAUCCCUAUGUUUUCAAGAAUAAAAAAUUAUAAAUGGGAAAUUUUAAUAAUUUUGGUCGUUUUUACACUUUGCUAUUUAUCUGCAAGAGAUAAUAGAGUACCUCAUACCAACAACAAAAGAGUAAAGGACUACUUGCUUAAAUCGAUGGUAACCAAAAGAAUUGAAACAGAAAAAACAUUAAGAUAAUAUAAUUUCAAAAUUACAAAAUAGCAUUAUCGAAUUUAUUGGUAAAUAAGGAUAAAACAAAUAAUUUUGAAUUUCUUCAUAAUUUUACACCAUCCCUAAUCCCGAACCUGUCAAAUAAAAAAAUAUCGCUCCUAAAUUUGCCCAGUUUUGCAGUUGUAGUUCUUCAAAGAUGGUAAAAUUCUUGAAUCAAGACGAAGCCAUCAACAUAGAUGUUGAACUAUUCAACGAAUACAAGUAUUCGGUUGACCAGCUUAUGGAAUUGGCUGGUCUGAGUUGUGCAGUUGCUAUAACUAAAUGUUUUCCAUUGGAUCAGUGUGGUAGUAGAUCAACUCUUAUUUGUUGUGGACCAGGAAAUAAUGGUGGUGAUGGAUUAGUAUGUGCGAGACAUUUAAAAUUAUUCUAUUAUAACCCUGUUGUGUACUACCCGAAGCAAACUAACAAAGAAUUAUAUCAUAAUCUUACACACCAAUGCAAAUCUAUGAAUAUUCCCAUAUUGCAAUCGCUACCUGAGCCUGGUAAUUUUGAAAAUGAAUACGGACUGAUAGUUGAUGCUCUCUUUGGAUUCAGUUUUAAACCACCAAUUCGAAGUGAUUUUCUGCCUGUUAUUGAUUUAUUGAAAAGCACUUCUUUACCAAUAGCAAGUGUUGAUAUACCAAGUGGAUGGAAUGUUGAAAGCGGCGAAACCGAAGAAGGUGGAAUCAAACCAGAAUUACUAAUAUCACUUACAGCACCAAAAAAAUGUGCUCAAUCGUUUAAAGGGAAACACCAUUAUCUAGGCGGCAGAUUUGUUCCGCCAUUGCUAGCUGAAAAAUAUCAGUUGAAUCUGCCAAAAUAUCCCGGAACUGACUGUGUUGUAUCUUUAAAGAAUUAAGUAUAAUUUGAUAAUUUUGUUAUAAAAAAUUUGUUUAAAAAUAUAUACAUAAUAUAUGGAUAA